UGAUAAUAAAGUGAUUUUUAAAACUACAUAAUUGGAUGUUAUUUCCAUGUAAUAAUUAAUUUUAAACAAUUUUUGUGUAAAAAAAACUAAUCAAAUGUCAAUCUUUUAUAUGUUUGCAGGAAGUCCCGAACCAUUCACAAUGCGAUGGAGUUGUUGGAAAGCUUCGUUUUUGUUAUUUUUGUUUGAUUUAAUCAUUAAGUUCUCAAUAGCUACAGCUAGUCAAAAUUUCAAAAUAAGUCCAAAACCUUGUAUAGUGGGUGAAGUAGAUGGGACAUGUAUGUUCGUAUGGGAGUGUAUUAAAUCUGAAGGUACACAUCUAGGAAUGUGUAUGGAUGGAUUUAUGUUUGGCUCAUGUUGUGGGCAUAAUUUAACUGAUAAUUUUAUUUUACCUUCAUCAACACCAUUCCGCCCACCCAACAAACCUACAAAUAAGUAUAAACCUACAAAAAGUCCAAGUCAACCUCCCAAACCUAAUAUUAGUCAUGAAACAUUAACGAUACAGAGGCCGAAUGGCAGUGGAACUCUAGUUAUAAGACAAACACCUCAUCCACAAAGAAUAAAAUCUACAACGAUUGCUACAAAAAAGCCGUAUUCAACGACAACGAAAAAUCCAUUUGAUAUUUUUAACGAUUCAUCGAAUGAGCUUAGUGCUUCGGAAAGUGUCUCUACUAAUUAUUGGACAUCAACUCCUUGGCAAAUUUCAACUGAGCCUAAUUUUAUUACUAAACCAAAACCAUCAACAUGGGAUAAAACAACUCCUGAGAAACAAAAACCAACAAAAAAGCCUAUCUUUUUUAGUACGUUGAAUGAUACUCCAACAAGAAAGCCAACAACAAUUAAACCUAGGCCUCCAGUUAAACCAGUAAAACCUUCACCCGAAACAAAUGUUAUUCAAACAACAGCAAUCAGUAGACGACCAACUACAAUAGCAGCAUUAUCAACAACAUCUACUAUAAGUCCAUCAUCUAUUAGUUCUAGUGAAAUUUUAGAAAAUACUAUAUCAGUAGAAAGUUUACAUUUUUCUGCUAGUCCAGGACGAGAUACAAUUUCGGCAGCACGAAAUUAUGAUUGUGGCAUAUCUUCAGCAACAUCUGCUCGUCCAGAAGUAAGAAUUGUUGGUGGAAAAAAUGCCGGUUGGGCUCAAUACCCAUGGCAAGUCUCAGUCCGACGGACCUCAUUCUUUGGAUUUUCAAGUACUCAUAGAUGUGGAGGUGCCGUUCUAAAUGAAAACUUUAUUGCUACAGCAGGGCAUUGUGUUGAUGACCUUUUAACAUCACAAAUACGAAUUCGUGUGGGAGAAUAUGAUUUUUCACAUAUUCAAGAGCAGCUUCCAUAUAUAGAACGUGCAAUUUCAAAAAAAAUUGUUCAUCCAAAAUACAAUUUUUACACAUAUGAAUAUGAUUUAGCUUUAGUAAAAUUAGAACAACCUCUAGAAUUUGCACCACAUAUUAUUCCGAUUUGUUUGCCAGCCACUGAAGAUUUGCUUGUUGGCGAAAAUGCAACAUUAACAGGCUGGGGACGACUUAGUGAAGGAGGAACUUUACCUUCAGUUCUUCAAGAGGUAUCAGUUCCUAUAGUAAGUAAUGAUAGGUGUAAAUCAAUGUUUUUGCGAGCUGGAAGGCACGAGUUCAUUCCUGAAAUAUUCUUAUGUGCAGGACAUGAUUUAGGCAAAUUUGAUUCAUGUCAAGGAGAUUCAGGUGGUCCAUUGCAAGUCAAAGGUAAAGAUGGGCACUAUUUUCUUGCUGGCAUUAUAUCAUGGGGUAUAGGAUGUGCAGAACCAAAUUUACCUGGAGUGUGUACAAGAAUUUCAAAAUUUGUACCAUGGAUAUUGGAAAAUGUAUCAUAAAUUAAAUAAAAGAAUUUUCCCUAUCAAAAUGAUAGUAACAGGAAGAUACAUGCUACAGCCAAAAAAUUAUUAUUGAAAGAAUCAAUUAUUUAUAGCUGUUUUCUUUAUUAAACUAGUCUAUUAGGUUUUCAUCUUUAAAAAACUUACAUUACAUGUCACAACUAUUCAGAAUCAAAAUAAAACAUACGUAAUGAUCAUUUUGCAAUUAGCACAUUAGAAUAAUCUUACUAUUGAUUUAAAAAAAUUAACUACGCAUUAUUGCAUUAAUUUUUAUUACCGAUUAGUACUGAAUCAGAAAUAAUCUUAAAGUAUUAAGACUAGAAUAUCUAGCAAGCUAAAAAUGAAUUUAUGCAGAC